GAAGAACAAGAAAAGAAAAGGAGGAAGAAGAGAAAAUAGAAUCGUAUUUGAGAUUAGGGCAAACAAGAGAGUAAUCCUGAAUCAAAGUACUUGAUUAACAUAGAAUCAACAAUGGAGUGUACCACUCAUCUAUCUUCUAUCUAUCUACAUCAUUAGUUAGUGGUCUCAGUUACACUGUAAAAAUUUAUUAUUAUCAUUAUUAUUAUUUUUCCAAUAAUAAUAAUAAUAAUCUCUCUCCCACUUUUUCCCUUUCUGAAAUCCCAAAUUGCAAAGCAAAGCAUUUCCGAUCCAUAGAAACAAAACCUUCUCUUCUCUGACAACUGUAUCGACCGCAAUUUCAAUUUCUCUGGAUUGGUUUCUUCACAAGUGGCGAGAUCCAUCUCGCUAGGGUUUUUGUUUCCGCGAGAUGGCGACUACUUCAUCAUCGAGUCCUAGUUGGCGCGAGGGAAUGUCAUCUGAUAACAUUAAAGGUCUAGUCCUUGCUCUUUCAUCUAGCUUCUUCAUCGGUGCUAGUUUCAUUGUCAAAAAGAAAGGUUUGAAAAAAGCCGGUGCUAGUGGAAUUAGAGCAGGAAGUGGAGGCUAUUCGUACUUGUAUGAACCACUUUGGUGGGUGGGCAUGAUAACAAUGAUUGUUGGAGAGAUUGCCAAUUUUGCAGCAUAUGCAUUUGCUCCAGCUAUAUUGGUCACUCCUCUUGGUGCUCUUAGCAUUAUUAUCAGUGCUGCCCUUGCCCAUAUUAUCUUACGGGAGAGACUGCAUAUAUUUGGAGUUCUUGGUUGCGCUUUGUGUGUUGUGGGGUCUACAACAAUUGUUCUACAUGCCCCUCAAGAACGGGCAAUUGAAUCAGUGCCGGAAGUAUGGGAUCUUGCUAUGGAUCCAGCUUUUCUCUUUUAUGCAGCUUUGGUUAUAACAGCUACCUUUAUUCUUGUCUUCCACUUCAUUCCUCUAUAUGGCCAAACACACAUAAUGGUUUAUAUUGGUGUUUGUUCCCUUGUAGGUUCAUUAUCGGUUAUGAGUGUCAAGGCUCUUGGAAUUGCCAUAAAGUUAACUCUGUCUGGGAUGAAUCAGCUAAUUUACCCUCAAACUUGGGUUUUUGCUUUAGUUGUAACUGUUUGCGUUCUUACCCAAAUGAAUUAUUUAAAUAAGGCAUUGGAUACUUUCAAUACAGCAGUGGUAUCUCCCAUUUAUUAUGUUAUGUUCACAACAUUAACCAUUGUGGCUAGUGUUAUCAUGUUUAAGGACUGGGAUAGGCAAAGUCCAACACAAGUUAUCACAGAAAUAUGUGGGUUUGUGACGAUACUUUCAGGAACUUUUCUUCUGCACAAGACUAAGGAUAUGACUGAUGGUUCAUCUGUUAGACUUAAUAAGCAUUCAGAAGAGGAUGACUUUGAUGAUGGUGAAGGGAUUCCCCUUAGAAGGCAAGAAUCUAUGAGGAAUCCAUGAGAUCACAAUGAUAUAUUCUUUGCACCACAUCUUGAAUAUAUCAAAAGCUUGAGGCGCUGGGGAGGGACUUUGCCUAGUCUUUGUGUAUUUUUACUGAUUAUUUCCCUCCCCAUAAUAUUUUUUUCUGAUACAGUUUGGAAGUGGAAGGAUGAGAGAUUCCUAUCAUUGUUGUUUUGGCCUCUCCUGAUGAUUGUGCUUUCUGAUCUUGUCUUGUACACCUCUCUACACUGCAAACAGAAGACAAACACCAAUGUAAUUUUCUGCACGCUGAUUAUAUAUAGUGUACCCCAGUUAAAUGAAAGUAUUCUUCAUUAAAUUUUGGACUGGACAGCGUGGCAAUGUUAAUGUAACUCCCUCUAUUCCUCUUUGCACUCGUCAGAAAAAUAUUGGACUCGGAUAUGUAGAUUUUAAAGUAAAAUGAAAUGAAAUGUUUAAGAAA